UGGGUAAUGGUAUUUCCAAGAUGGCGUCCAUAACCAUCGAAGAUGUCCGAAGAUCUCUAAUCAAAUACACCCCUUAUUUCGGAGGACUCAGCUACUCUGCCCUGGCCUUCAACUCCAUGGGGAUCCAUUUUCCAUUUCUAGACAAGACUGGCCAGCUUAUCAUGUUCAACAGUACUUUAUGCUUGUCUCACAUUGGAUUUGGUGUGUACAUCUACAACCGACCGAUCAACGAUGUUCUGAAACCUUCCCGCUCAAGACGUGUUGUGUGGAGCAUUUUUGGGAGCUGGAUUAUGAAUUUAGGGUCCGUCCUUUGUUGGGCUAUAGUCAAGGAGAUUGGUCCUAAGAAUAAACUAGCUCGAGCCCUCAUUGGUUUAACUGGAGGUUGUGUUUUCUUGUACAUAGCCACGGAUUACUUGUGUGCUAUUGAUAAACUAAGAGCUCAAGACUUCCCUGAUGAUGAUAGAGAUUCAGGGAAUGAAGAUGAUGAAGAUGAUGCAGCCUAGAGAAGAAGAUAUUUAUAUUAUGAAUGACAGUGACAAUUUACAUCUUAAAGAAGUACAUGGAAUAUAAUAUCGUACGUGUGAAAUAUGAAAGUGAAAAAGAUCUGCAAGUUUUGGUUCAUUAAAAACACCUGAUGAAUCCAAAGACUGCAGUGUUUCUUAUUAGAUAAUAAUGGUCAGUUUAAAUGUUUUUCCAACACAGACAUUCAGGAACAAUACAAUCAUUUUACAUGAGAAAAAAUUCAAUUACUAAGAGCAAAGGAAUUUUAUUGUUCUGCCUUCUAACCACAGGAAGCCUGAGCAGUAUUAUGGGAUGGGCACGUGAUGGAGUAAAACCUCUAUAUUCAUACUGCUUAGGGGAAGGGAGUAUGGGUGUAAAUUAGAAAAAUAUUAAGGCUACCUUUUGAUUAAUUUUUCUCGUUUUGCACCAAGGAAUAGACUAGAAGUGUCUGUAACAGUGUCCAUAUUAUCAAAAGGUCCAAUUGGAAUAGCCUUUCAGUGAUGUGUUUUAAAUGGUAUUAAAGUAUAUUUCCCUUCAAAA